CAUGAUCUCCUCAUAACCCACCGAAAUAUGCACAAAUCCAUCUGGACACCACUCGAGGCCCCUGAAAGUUCCCCUGCCAUAACAAAGCCUUCGAUUAACCCCAGCUUGGAGGAGAAUGAGCACCGAAAGCGAGCCAUUAACAACCUCAACUGCACUUACGCCGGGAACACGAGACGCCAACAUCUCCGCAUCUCCACAUCUCAGCCGGGGAACAAUGGAGGACGACCUGGCAGCGCUCGUGCCAACUCCGCCCUGGCCAAGGAGGAGGAGGUGGAGGAGGAGGGGCUCCAGAUGAAACCGAAACCAAAGACGAAAACGAAAACGGAGACGAAGGAAGAGGGCACAAUCACCGGAAGAAAAGCGGAGCAGGAGGCCGGGCGAGGGAACGGGAGUAGGAAUGGGAUGCAGCUGGAAUCUGAUAGGAACAUCAUCUUCAUCUCGAGCAUAUCCGGCAAGUGCAAGUGCGUGGAGGUGGGUAUUCCGCAUUAUGGAGGGGGAUUAUGAUGAUGUCGCAGGACGGAGGACGGAGGACGGAGGUCGGAGAAAGGGGAAGUGAAAGCGAGUGUUGACGCUUCCAGCUGCGGGGUUAAUAAGCGAUAUAAGCGACGCGAUAACGAGUUGUGGAGUACAUGAAGUGCUCUUCCCUGCGACCCCUCAGCUGCACCGUCCCUGUGAUACAAGGCCCUCGAUGGGGAUUAAGCUGAUGGUGAAGCCACACUGCGAAAAAAUUCUAGAGCUCGCAUACGCUUAUAAUGUCACAGGAUGGGUUUUAAAUAGACACCACAUAAAGGAAAGUUUCUGGUUGUUUUUGAGGCAUGUUGAGGUAUCCCAUCUAGUGUGGUUUGCAUUUUCAAGGAGUAUUGUAAUUGUCCUAGAAGCAUUUCUCGCAGUGGAAUUCCUAAACCUCUUUUAACCCCCGGCCCCCUGAAAAGCUGCCUUUGUACUCGCCUGCUAAUGGAUGUGACAAGGCGUGUCCUGGCUGAU